AUGGCCACGGCUCGCAGCACCGGCGCCGAGCUGCUGCCGGAGCACACGGCGCUGCUCGCCGGCCACGAGCCGCAUCCCGGCGAGGCUUCCUCCGGCACAUGGACGGACGACGCCGGUGCGCAGGGACGGGAACCUUUAUGGCGACAGACGGCAGCGAGAGCUCCGGAUGGACCGAACCAUGCGGUCGGCUUUGCUCGCGGCGUGGCCGUUGGGUUCAACCUGUUUGUGCUCAUCUUCAUCCACUCAACAAACAUGUCCGGCCUCACCAUGAUCCAAGGCCCCCUCGCAAACGACCUCAACGCCCCGACCCUCGCCAUGUGGUUCACCACCAGCUACCUCAUCUCCAUGUCCUCCCUGACGCCCCUCGUCGGCCGCCUCGCCGCAAUCUUCUCCCCGCGCGCCGUCGUCCUGCCCAGCAUCGCCCUCUUCGCCCUCGGCAGCCUCUCCGCCUCCCAGGCGCGCUCCUUUGGCGCCUUCUUGAUGGGCAGGAUUGUCAUGGGCGCCGGGGCGGCGGGCAUCGUCGUCAUGGCGGUGGUUUUCGUCAUUGAGCUUACGGGUAAGAGGUCGAGGGGCGUCAUGAUUGGAUUUGUGAAUGCUGCUUUUACCAUGGGCGUGUCUGUGGGCGCGGCGGUGUACGGCGUGUUGCAACCCGUUGUUGGAUGGAGACCACUCUUCUGGUUCCAAACUCCCCUCGCCGUCAUCGCAGGUACUGGGCUCUAUCUCAGCCUCCCAGACUCCAUGUCGUCGCCCUCAACAGACCAAGACGGCAAAGCCACCCCCCUGAGCCGAAAACUCGCCAGCAUAGACUAUCUAGGCGCCAUCCUCCUCACCCUCACCAUCGUCCUCUUCCUCUACUCCCUUGCGGGCGACAUCCACCCCGUCCCCCUCAUCCUCUCCGCAUUCUCCCUCCUCGCCUUCGUCAUCGCAGAAUUCCGCCUUGCAUCUAACCCCAUCAUCCCCCUAUCCGUCCUCUCCUCCCGCGGCGUCCUGCUCUCCUGCAUCGCCCAGCUCGGCCUCCUGACCGCCCGCUGGAGCAUCCUCUUCUACACCCCCGUCUUCAUGCUCGCCGUCCGCGCCGCCCCGGCCGCCGCCGCCGGCUCCGUCCUCAUCGCCACAAACUUGGGCUUCUCCCUCGGCGGCCUCGCCAUCGGCUGGCUGCACAUCCGCCGCGCCGGCUCCUACUACUCCGCCCAGCUGCUCUCCCUCGCCUCCGUCACCCUGACAAUCGCCUUCUUGGCCGCAAUCUCUCGUCCCAACACCCCGUCCUUCAUCUUCGUCGCCAUCGUCUGCCUCAACGGCAUCGCCACCGGCAUCUCCCUCAACUACGCCCUCGUCCACCUCCUGCACCUGAGCCACCCCAGCACAGAGUACGUCACCACCAGCCUGCUCGCCACCUUCCGCGGCUUCGGCGGCAGUUUCGGUACCUCCCUCGGUGGCGGCAUCUUCUACCGCGUCCUGCGCGACCGCCUGGUCGACGGCUUCCUGGCCCUCGACGGCACCCCCGAGCUCGGGUCGGCCCGCCGGAAGCUCGUCGACCGGCUGCUCGGGUCGCCCGAUCUCGUGUGGCACGGCGAUGUACUGGCGCCACGGGAGAGGCACGUUGCCGUCGACGGAUAUGCAGAUGCCAUCAAGGCCGUGUGGCAAGCCGCUGCCGUCUUGGCAUUGCUCGUCAUUGCGGCGCAGGCCGCGGCUGGAUGGACGUCACCCAGAGAGGAGGCAGAAAGGCGACACCACGAAGACGAAGAGUGA